GGCUGCUUCACUGCAUCUUUCACGCUUCGACACUGGUACAGAACAAGCCCUCUACACUCUCAACUGAGACAACCGCUGUUAUCUACUUGCUUGACUUAAGCUAAUAUGGCUACGAUACACCCGUCGCGCAUGGGCCUCGUGCCCCAGGACCCGCCAAAAGACGUCUACGCACAAACGCGCGACCGCCGACGCUCCCCGUCUCCGCGUGCCCCCCGCCGUCGAUCUCCUCCGCCACACCUCAGCAGAGACAAAGACCGCCACGACAGACGAGAUCACAGGGACGACGACCGCGACCGCGACAGGCGUCGCGACAGCGAGGCGGGCAAGCGGGCGGAGCGCGGUCGCGCACGGGCGGACGACUACUUCGACGAGGCGAGCAGCGGCGGGGAGGGACGUGCACCCCCCAAGCGGGCUCGGUCGAGGAGUGUCGACAAGGAGCGGGAUCGCGAGAGGGAGGAGCGCGGCGAGAGGGAGAAGGAGAGGGACAGGCCGAGGAGGAGGAGUCCUGAGUAUAGCGAGUAUAGGAGGCCGUCGCCGCCGAGGGAAGGCAGUGCGCCUGCGCCGUGGAGGCAGCAGGAGAACAUGUACCCGAGGGGAGGGGGUAUGGGGAGGUUUGCGGGCGGAGGCGCGGAUUAUAUGGAGAGUCGACGACAGCAACGCGAGAGCAACACGCUGAGCAUUUGGCCGCCCUCGCCAAAAGCACCUGCGCGUGAUCUUUCCGCGGAACGCGACUCGAAACACCGCAAAAAGUCGCACAAGCGACGCCACGAGCCUGACUCCGACACAGACACGGACUCUGAGGAGGAGCACCGUCGCAGACGGAAGGAACGCAAGAAGUCGCGGAAAGAGAAGAAAGAACGCGAACAUGAGCGUCCACGAGAACACCGACGGCACCGCUCGCGCUCGCAUCGCCGCAGCGAUGAGCAAGAUUCCGAGGACGAGAGGGAACGCCGGCGCCGGAAGGAUCGUCAUCGUAGCGAUACUCGGACGAAGAGCCCGGAGCAGCGCCCGCCCACAACGGAGGCGGAAGACGACGAGUGGGUCGAGAAAUCGGCGCCCACGGGCGUGGUGGCGGCUGCGCAAGGCAGCGCUAGCCCGCCCAAGGCCCCUCCUUCCAUGCCACCUCCAGCUCGCCCCGCGUCGCAGCCUGCCAUGGACGACGAGGAAGACGAGGGCGAGGACGAAGACGACGAAGUUGGGCCGCAGCUCCCUCAGAGGCUCAACAACUCGCGCAGCAAAGUGGACGAGCGACAGUACGGUGGUGCGCUGCUGCGCGGCGAGGGCAGCGCCAUGGCCGCGUUCCUGAAGGACGGCACGGACAUGCGCAUCCCGCGGCGUGGUGAGAUCGGGUUGGAGUCGGACGAGAUCACGGCGUUCGAGUCGGUGGGGUACGUCAUGAGCGGGAGCCGCCACCGGCGCAUGAACGCGGUGCGUAUGCGCAAGGAGAACCAGGUCAUCAGCGCGGAGGAGAAGCGGGGCAUCUUGAAGCUCCAACAAGAGGAGCGCGAGCGCAGGGAGGCGAUCUUGAGGGAGGAGUUCCAGCAGCUUGUGGACGAGAAGCUCAAGUCUCAGGGCGGGCCUGCGAAGUGAGGGCUUGUUGGAACUCACUCCUGUUGUUGACUGUACUGUACAGCGGCCACCAUACAUGCUAUUCACUGUGUUGUAUCCCGACAUCCAUGGACCAUCUUACACCAUUCUGUCACUUAUGCAGGCGAGAAAAACUGUCGAUGCAGAGCUUUGCCCAGGAAGCCAUUCACAUAAGCGUACUUUGUAUACAUAGCUGCUCGAAGUACUUGUAGCGUCGAAUCGAGCUUUGAAUGGGUAUGGAACUGACUGGGUUGCCUAUU